GGAAACAUCCGGGGCUUUUGAGGGGGGCGUGUCGCUGGCGGGCCGUGGCCUGCGUCGCUGCGGUGGGGCGCGUUGGCGCCCUGCGGCCGUGCCGGAGUGCGGGCUUUUUCCCUGAGCUUCAAAGACUUCUGCAGGGAGCCUGAGAGGGCUGUUGUUCCUGUGUGGCCCCAUGUGUCAUCUCCAUGGAAAGACAAAGCCUGCUCAUACGCUAUUUCUUAUAUCAGAAAUCUAAUGCGUGGGGUGAAAGAUCUACAGAAGGUUGUAGACAAAGACACUGCACAGAUGCAGCCAUCAACAGCCUGCCCUCACUACCACUUCGUCUAGGAGAGAAGUAUGAUGAUGUGUUUCAGCACUCUAUUGAAUUUAAAAUUGCGUUAGGUGAACUGAACGCUCCACCAGUGUUACAGCCACGUGUCCUUUUCUGCAGCAGGCAAGAUCACUGCCAGCAUGACUGGCUGUUUCCACUGGAGCCCUCUGGUAUGGUAUACUGUUAGGUCUUUAUAUCUAGAUAAGUAGUUGAAUCAGCAGGCAGCAAGCAAUUACCAAUGAGUUCUGACAGGAAGGUAAUUUUCAGUGGCACUUGGUUUUAUUUGAUUCACAUUCUAAGGAGGGAUUUGAUUUAAUUUGUUAUGUCUGAUAUUCCCUGAAAGGAGAAGUGCUUUAUAAUUACAUUUUACAUAUUAUAAUACACAAAAUUGCAAACUUUGUUAGUAUAAAUGCCUGUGUGUGGAUUUUAUCUUUGGGGUAUCUCACAAAGUUGUGGAUUGUCUUUCUGUUGUUUUUCUCCUUUUAGAGAGAGAUCUGCUAGCACUUGUUAGCAAGGAUUGCUUUCUGAGUUGGCAGUAGAUGUUAUAGACCCAGAAUGGUUUUGGCAGGAUAUAUACUCCAGCUUUUAAGAUUCUGAAUGCUUCUUGGGCUGCAGAUAACUCUAAGGAAUUGUCUGCAAUAUCACUUCAUUCAGACAUUGUUGAAAAAGAAAUGAUAUGCCUGACGUUUGCCAAGUUACUUGAAUUUGCUUUAAAUGCUAGGCAAACUUAAAAUGAAAAUAUCAGACUUUAUUCUUGCAAAAUGGUGGGUUAACAUUAUAAUUACAAAACUGGAAACACAGUUAAAAGCUUAAAAUAAUAAAAUACAAACUUGGAUUAUGGAUGACAGUACAGUUUCUGCUUGUUUUUUUCAGUGUCUCUGUUAGCCUGGUUGGGAGACUUAGGAUGAAUGUUAUCUUGGGAAAGCAGCUUCAAAGAACAGUCUUAAAAAUCAUUUAAAUCUCUAGAUAUGCUAGUUUAUGUAUUCACUAACAGACCCUGUAUUAAACUGAGAUUUCUUUGUUCUGUUGAUUAAAAAAUUGCUUACUUUGCAUUGAUUUCUUCCUAUUUUCAGGCCUUAUAAUGCUGUCUGUCUUGAAUCUGACUAGAAGGUAUCACAAUGUGAAGUCUUGACUUCAGAAAGUAUCUUACCAGAUAACAAUAUCAAUACAACUUCAUUAGUCUGAAAAUAAUCCAGUUGUAGCACAUCAUAAAGUUAGCUAGCUUUUGCCCUAGUUAAAAAAAAAAGAUGUUUUCUAUGUCUGAGAUUAAAUUAUUCACAUACAGUUCUAUCCAAAUUAAGCAAAGAAGUCUAAUUCGCUUCUAAUGAUUUUAAUAAAAUUCCUAAAACCUAAAUACAUUGGCAGUGUAACUGAACUUUCUAUUUAGUUGGGAGUCCCUUCUGCAUUAAAGUUUGACCUUAAAUUCCUGUUCUUGAGGAGGGUUUAGAAUACACCAUUAAAGCAAGGUUUGCUGAAGUCUUUUGAGCUGCUCCUGAAGGCUGUCACCAAGAGAUACAAUCCAAAGGAGUUUGUGCUGCAGCAGAGGCAGGAAUUGGUGGUAGGCCUGAAAGCAAGUAAUGCUACUCACCAGUGUUAGAGAUGCCUCUGAGGAAGAAGCAGGAGCAGUCAGAACUUGACUCCCCAUGAGCUGGGGAGGAUGAGGAUUGCAGUGAGUGCUGAUAGCUUAUGUGGGUCUCCUUUACUAUUUAUAGGAGAUCAUCUCCCAGGAGCUGUGGGGUUCACUAUCCACAACAGCAUGGCAGGAAGUGAUGCUGUAAAUCAGAGCCCUGAGCUGCAAAAUAACUAUAAUCAUACCUCCCAGUUCCUGUCACAGGCCCUGGACUGUCUUCAAGGUCCAGACAUAGAGAUGAGAGAUGCUGCAGCAAUGUUUAUUGCUUCGUGGCGAAGGUUUGGGAUGGAUUGACAAGGGUGAGAACCUAAGACCAUUUUAGGCAGAGCAUGAAGGAGGUAACAUGUCAGUCUCUCCUCCUUUCUUCUGGUUGCAGAGUUGCUGCAAUAGCACCAAGAUCCUGGAUGGAAAGUUUUGUUGCAGAAGUGACCUGUGACUCCUGUGCUGCACAGGAGUGAAGAGUGACAACUGGAGGUCCUGUGUGCGUGGUUUCAGCACGCUCAGCAGUAGGUAAGAGAGUCCAGGCAGGAAGGAAAGACAGGUUUGCAGAAGUUCUGUGAUAAGAAGAAAAGGGUCAGAAUUAAAAGUGCAGGGGCUAAGAGAAGAUUGGAUGGAAAUGUGUAGGAAGGAAGGGGGAUGGAGGGGUAUGAACACUCAGAAAUGGAUAUGCAUGGGUGAGAGAGCGUGCCAGUCCCUUUCCCAACCAUUUCUUGCCCUAUUCUGCCUUCCAUGCUCCUGGAGCUACAGAGAUACUUGGUCUCACUCCACUCCCGGAAGAAUGAUCAUAAAGCAUGGCAUCAGUUUCUUCUAGGUGUGUUGGAUUUUGGAGAGCUAAGCAAGGGAUGUAUUACAAGAAAAAAAGGAGCUGAACAUGUUUUCCAGUGCCUUGGGACUUGGCAGCGGGUUUUGGUGCUAUUCUGAGGUGUCUGCCAGCCCUGAAGGAUGAGGCAGUAUGUUAAUUUUGUUUUCCUCUAGUCCGGGAAUCUUGUAGAUAGACUCCAGGUAAGAAGCAGCUUCCUGCGCAUGGCAAUGUGGUUUGGCUGAAUGGGACCCUAUAUAGGGAAGACUCAUGGAAAAAAACAGAACGCAGACAAUCCAAACGUCCCCACCAGGCAGCAGAAUUUCUUACGAACUCUGCUAUGCCAGGCUUAGCACAGGAGAUGAUGUCUAAAAAGCUGUUUGGAGAAUAAGCUGCUGAUGACUGUUCUACCCCCUUGGCACAUGAAGUUGUCUGCAAGAAACUGUGCUCGUGGAGGGAGAAAUUGGAGGGGAGGGAGUACAGAAGGGGGGAGACAGUGGAGUGAAUAUCCUGAGAAUGAAAACCAGCACCUUUCUUUUGCCUCAAAUGAGUUUAUUGCAAUGGGUAUUUACAAUAUAUGAACAAACCUGGUGAAACAAACUCUGGACUGCGUGUUCUCUCCCCAUGGGGAGAGGUUGAGAGAGAGAGAGCAAUGCACACCAGAUGUUUGUUAUUUUUUUUGAUGCAGCUCAUGAAAGUGCUCAGACAAUAUGGCCAGGGAGCAGAGACUAGGAACAGGCACUGAACAGGAUGGGGGAGGGCAGAGGGGCCUUCCUCCUGAUAGGAGAUUCAAGUUUCAGAUAAACAAAAGCCUAUGAGGACUUGUGCCUCCCUGCUCACAGAUGGAAGACUCCAAGGAAAAAAUCAUCCUGAAUGUUGGGGGAAUCAGAUAUGAAACAUACAGCAGCACUCUCCGCACCUUCCCAGGGACCAAGCUGUGCAGCCUCACGGAGCCUCAUGCCCCAAGCAUCUAUGACUAUAAUCCCACCACCAAAGAGUUCUUUUUUGAUAGGAGUGCUGAGAUUUUCAGCUGUGUGUUGAACUAUUAUAGGACCAAACAUCUCCACUGCCCCAUAGAUACCUGUAGGUCAGUCUUAGAAGAAGAGCUGGCAUUCUGGGAAAUAAAUGAGACACAGCUAGCAUCCUGCUGCUGGCUGAAGCUGAAUAACAAAGAGGUGCAGCCAGAGGAGUUUCACAUUUGGGAUGCAAAUGAUCAGGCUGAUGACCAGUGCCUCAUAGUCCAGACGGAAAGAAUGGAUUUCAGCUGGAGAACCAGAUGGCAGCCGAAGAUUUGGUCCAUCUUUGAAAAACCCUUUUCCUCUUUCGGUGCUAAGUGCCUGGCUGUUGUUUCUCUGCUAUUCACCAUUGGAGUUGUCGUCAUAUUCUGUGAGGAGACCAAGGCACAAUUUGAGUUCUUCACUGCUAACUUCACCUUUGUUGGCCGUUCUGAGGUUGCCCACAACUACCGUGAACCCUAUUACCACCAGGCUGCCUACUUGCUUCAUCUGGAGCUUUUCUGUGUUCUUUGGUUUACUUUUGAGUUCUCUGUGCGAUUUUGUGUCUGCCCAGACAAAAAGAAAUUCUUCCAGAAUCCCCUGAACAUGGUUGACUUCCUCUCCCUUUUCCCAGUUUAUAUUGAACUCUUUGUGGACGGACAGAUUCAGAGAAUGCCAAGUUUGGGGCUUUGGCUGGGCUUUAUUCGUGUUGUCUAUCUCCUCAAACUCCUGAAGAUAUCCAAGCUGAUAGAAACCCCACUGAUCCUCAGAGUUCUAUCCUACACCCUCAAGUCUAUCCUCCGAGAGAUCUGCAUCUUGCUGAUGAUUUUGGCCUUUGAGACCCUUUUCUUUGGCUCUCUGUUUUUCUAUGGGGAGUUGCUUUGUAGCAGUCCUUCUUACACAGGAGAGCUGCACUUCACUGACAUUUUUGUCUGCUUCUGGUGGGCUCUGAUCACACUCACUACAGUGGGCUAUGGAGACAUCAUCCCUCUCACCACUGUUGGCCAAGUGACAGCGGCCUUAGCUGCAGUAUUUGGCAUGUUAACUAUUAUCAUCCCAAUCCCCAUUUUCCUGGUGAAAUUUAAAAACUAUUAUGCCAUCGCUGUCUUCAAACAGAAGCUGAAAAGGUGCAAGAACUAUUAACCCCAUUGAUUUUAGAGCUUCUGUCCCCCUUUGCCUUUGAGCAAUAAAUCUUCAGCAUGCUUUAUUCCCUUGGGUGGGAAGAGAGAGCGUAUAGUCCUUGCUGCACUUACUUGUUGAACAACUGAUCAGACCUGUUGAAUUCCAUGGGUCUUUCCCAUGUUGUACCUCAGCCCAUGCUCUUUUAUGUGCCACAGUGCCUCUGCCUCUCUGUCUCUCCAUGUCUCUUCACCUACUACCCUCAUGUCUUCCUCUCUUUACAGAGAGGGUCUGUGAUGCUACAUUAAGGCCUGAAUGUGCAUCAUGUAGUGCAGUAUCAUGCCCUGGGGCCACAGCAGGUUCCUCAGCUGCUACACAACCCCUGAUGCCAGCUCUGCCCUCUAUCACCUGACAGGCCAUAGUCUCAUUUUACAUGCUGGGAAAAAAGAUUUGUGCAGGGUCCUGAACUGAAAAUGGGGAGGAAUCAGGGAUUUUUUUAACAAUGUUCUUUUCUUCAUUUUAUCUUUUAUUGAUGAGGCUGGUGCAUCCAAUUUGCCUGUACUCACACACUGGUCUAAAGAAGGGAGCAAGCUUAAUUGGACAUCUGUCGUCCUGAGAGCCAGCACUGUGUUAACCUGCUUUGCAGGCUCACAGGAAUUGUGGCAUUCAGGUAGCAACAAGGGAACCCUCCAACCACAAAUCCUUUUGGGCUCUGCUGAAGUCAAUGGCAAUGUUUCCUUGACCUCAGUGAAAUUGGAGUUUCAUUGACCACUUCCAGUUGAUCAACACUUAAAAGAUUUUUAUGUGACAAAAUCGCUGAGCUAUUAGUCAAAAUGUCUGUGUAGUUUUUGCUUUCCUGUUCUUCUAAAAGGAAGAACAUAAUCUGAAGUACUCAGUAUAAUUUUAAUGCAUUUAUUUCCUUAAGGCAUAGUUGUAAAGUAGAAAUAUUUAACUUUUAACUGGAUAGCCUUAAUUGUUAUGUGUAUUUCAGUUUGAAAUAAUAAACAUUGUUGAGGUAUGAAAAAAUAAUCACAUCCCAUUGUUAAUAUAGCAGGGGUGAUGAGUUAAGAUUAUUUUAAUAACUAAAAAUGGCUGUAUACAAUAACACUUAUGUAUUUAAAUUCCGUUGUUUUAAUUGCAGUAUUGAUUGAU